AUGUUCGACCAAGCUUCCCGACCGUCGUCUGCCCACCGUCUUGCCAACCAGAUGCACCGCCUGGAUAAUGGUACUACACCGGAAUGUACUAUUGGAGAUUUGUCUGUGGGUGAUGUCUUUAGUGCCCAGUCAGACCUAGAAAUGGAAGCGGAACCCUCCCAGCCUCCUCCCCGCACUUCGAUUGUUCCUCCCGAGCCUAAGAAUAAUGGCCCACAACUUGCUGGCAACACUGUUCUUGCUGGAAACGGCGCCCCGGCGCCACCCCUCCACCAGAAAUCAGCACAACGGAAGAAAAAGAAGAGGCAGCAGCGUCGUCUGGCCGAUAUCGAGGUCGGACACAACACCCCGGUGUUGUCCACGGUGAGAGGGUUUACUCCCAUGGCCUCUGGCGACGAAGACUCGGACUUCUCUACCGCCGGAUCUCAAGUUAUGUCUCCGCAGCUCAACCCCAUUCCAACUUCAAACUCGUCUAUCGGCAUUAGCGCCUUGAAACUGCAGCUCGACGCUUUGAGCUUGUCUGAAAACCAGUCUCUGCGCGGUGCUGGCCUGAAAGGGCCCUCGCUUUCAAGCAACGCAAGUGUUUCGUCUGACAGCGACAGAACCGAGGUUAUGACUAGCUAUGAGAUUCCUCUCGACCAUGACUUUAUUAGCGAGGAAGCUGUCGCCGACGAGGAGAGCUCUGUUUUUUCUCCAAAAGGUGUCGACAUGCAGAAUGACCUGUGCCGAAAAAUGACGAGCCGCGACUUUGAUCAUUUAAUGUGUCUCGGCAAGGGUACCUUUGGCACCGUUUUGCUCGUUCGCCAUAAAGUCACGGGCCGACUCUAUGCGCAGAAGCAGUUUCGCAAGGCCUCUUUGACAGUGCAUAAGAAGUUGGUGGAACAGACCAAGACCGAGCGCAUGAUCCUCGAAAGUGUCAAUCGUCAUCCAUUUGUCGUCAAGCUCUACUAUGCUUUCCAGGACCAUGAGAAACUGUAUCUUAUUCUAGAGUAUGCCCAGGGUGGAGAACUGUUUACUCAUCUCGCAGUGGAGCGCAUGUUUAGCGAGGAUGUCGCCGCAUUCUACAUGGCUGAAAUGGUGCUGGCUCUUGAGCAUCUACACAAGACUGUUGGUGUCAUUUAUCGAGAUCUCAAGCCGGAGAAUUGCCUCUUGGAUUCCGAGGGCCAUCUUCUGCUCACCGACUUUGGAUUGAGCAAAGUUGCAGUCAGCGAAGAUGACCGGUGCAACUCUUCUUUGGGUACGAUCGAGUACAUGGCGCCCGAGGUCAUCCAAGGCAAACCAUAUGGCAAGGCAUGCGACUGGUGGUCUCUUGGAGCUCUUGGCUAUGACUUGUUGACGGGCUCGCCGCCAUUUAAAGCCAACAACCAUGCCAAAAUCCAAGAGAAGAUCGUCCGCCAGAAGUUGACAAUACCGUAUUUCAUCGGACCGGACGCCAAAGACCUGCUCAUCCGACUGCUGCGCAAGGAACCGCACAAGCGCCUGGGGUACCAUAUGCACAAAGACAUCGAGACAAUCAAGAAACACCGGUUUUUCCGCAAGAUAGACUGGAAAGCACUUGCCCGCCGCGAACUCGACGCGCCUAUUCAGCCUCUUAUCACGGACCCUGCUCUGGCAGAGAACUUUUCGACCGACUUCACCAACCUGGCGCUCAGUCCGACGGCAACCGACGACGACCGGAUCAGUGAUAUGUUGAAGCAAGUUGGCCUGUCCUCGGAGUCCAAUGCUAGCGUGAAUGACGCAGACACCUUCCAUGGCUUCAGUUUCGUGGCAUCCAGCAGUCUCCUGAACAGUGGAUUCGGUCUUGCUACAUGA